CUCCCGUCCAAGUGAAAUUAGAAAUGCACAGUUGAGAGGAAGAAUUCUUGCUGCCACUGCAAGUUGGAUUUCAGCUGCAUCAUGAAACCUUGGAUUCUUCUACUCCUAGCUGGUCUCCUCGUCCUUUCUACUCAACUGACAACAGCAAAGACCACAAAACAACUUUGUCCCCCAAAAGUCAAGCCGGGCGAGUGUCCCUUGGUGAAAGUCCCUCCUGACUAUCACUGUGACCAGAAGUGUGUCUGGGACUCCGACUGCGAAGGGGACAAGAAAUGCUGCCCAGCUGGAUGGGCCAGGGAGUGCUUCCCCCCAGGCCCACUCUGAGCCCCAAGACCUGAUGGAGGAACCCAGCAGGAAGCAACCCUUCCCCCCCUCACCAGCCGUGGAUCCUCACAUCCAGCCCAGCCAGAGAAGGGCUCCCUGUUGCUUCAUUCGUUCCUCUUUGGCCUCCCUGCUCCUGACUACCUUCCCGCCAGCUGCUUCAGGCUGGACAAAGCCCUUUCUCCAGAAAUGAGGCUCCCUCAAAUAAAA